AUGACUGAUACAAGCAUAGACUCGAUGAACCAUCUCAUGCCGCAACACACGGCUACUUUCACCAGUAUUCCCGGUCCCUCAUCACCUACACGCACCCUUCCACCCGCACUGGCGAAGCCGUCGCUCCAACGGACGCAAGGCAAGAAACGAGCCAGAUCUCCUACUUUCAUGGACGAAGGUACCAAACGAACUCGAGCGGAGGGCGGUCGGCGAGAUAGGAAGGCCCGUGUUGUGCGUGCCUUGGCCGAGAUCGAAUGGCUGCGCGACCGCAAGCAGGACGUCGUUGCAGCCACCACGGAGGUGAAGCAAGGCUACGAGCGGAUGAAGGCUGCGAUCAUCAGCCUAGGGAAGGAGCGUGCCCGCCGUAGGGAUGCGGCGACAAACAAGCUGCUUUCCUCCGAGGAGGCUAGACUAUUCGCAAACGCUAGGCCAGAACAGCGCGAGGCCUUUUUUCGCAUGAAGUUUGGUGCAAAGAAACCCUAUCGAGAACAUACAGCCGAGGAGCUCGAGGCGUUAUACCGCGCCCGGGCCCGCCUACCCAAACGCCCGGAAGAUUAUACACCUGAGGAGCUUGCGCAUCUGUAUAGAUCCAAGAUUGACGCAAUUCCCAUCAAUUGCACCUGCCGACGGACUACGCUACAGCAAAACCGGGCUAACAAUUCAUCGUUCACACAUCCCAGACCCCGCAUGGGCGUGGACGCGCAGGGAGUAGCAUUCGAGGACUGGUCCGCAUGCCCUCCGCAAACUGGCACGGAGCAUGCUGCUCUGCUCGUGACCGAAUUGGCUCUUCGCCAUGAAAUAUCCACGAGUAGGGAUCGUGAUAUGCGCAUCCUUCCGAUACCGCCCAACCCACGACGUCCCAGGGCAUUCUCGACGCGAUUCAUCCUUCAACUUCGACAUGUACCUUCGCGAGUGUUUGAUACGCUCGAGGCAUGGCAUGUCGAAUAUGGGCGGUGCUUGACCUGCGUAGCCAAAGCUAUGCGAACGCUCCCUCCAUGGAUCAUUGAAUGGUACUCCCUUGAAGAAGUAAUGGAGAACGGGAAUCCUGUGUUCGUGAAUCUCAGGCAGGACGAGGUGGUCGAGUGGGAUGAAUCGCGGAAAGGUUGGCGUCAUCUGGUCCUUGAUCACCAUCGAUGGGUUCCCGUAGAAGAAUUGGAGGAGAGACCAAGCGACGGUACCGCCGAUCCGAAGAUUGUCAAUGGAUCUAACUUCAGUAUUCCCGAAUCGUAUAACAUCGCGUACAUGCAUUUUGUAGACACAUGA